UGUGAAAACCCAAGGUGCUCACUAAAUAGCAGAAAUCACCCAAAUGCCUCAUGAGCUGAAAAUACUGAAAUCAUGGAUAAUGAAUGCCAACAUCAUGAUGUGCCUUGUCGUCUCCUUUCAGGUGGAUGGCUCAUGCUCUUUGCCAUCGUGUUACGGCUGGUGGCAGCUUGUCCUGCGUCAUGUGUGGUGUGCACCAGAGAUGUAACCCUCUGUCACCAGCUAACCUAUAUAGUAGCAGCCCCUGUGACCACGAGGGUUUUAAUCAUCACCGAUGGAUACCUCGCCUCUAUAGGGAGCACAAAUCUGUCCCUCUUGUUUAAUCUUGCCUUGCUCUCCUUGAGCAGAAAUGGCAUCGAGGAUGUUCGGGAAGAUGCCCUGCACGGCCUCUCAAAGUUGCGGACAUUGUUGCUGGAGCACAACCAAAUAUCCAGCUCUUCACUCACUGAUCGUACCUUCAGCAAGCUUCACGGUCUGCAGGUGCUGGUGCUUAGCAAUAAUGCUCUGCGCACCCUGCGAGGCUCCUGGUUCCGGAACACCAAGGGCCUGACCCGGCUCCAACUGGAUGGGAAUCAGAUCACUAAUCUGACAGGCAGUUCUUUUGGAGGCACGAAGCUGCACAGUCUUAGGCAUCUGGAUUUAUCUAACAAUUUUAUUUCCUACAUUGGGAAAGAUGCCUUCCAGCCCCUGCCUCAACUGCAGGAAGUGGACCUUUCUCGAAAUAGGUUGGCCCACAUGCCGGAUGUCUUCACUCCACUGAAGCAGCUAAUCCUUCUGAGUUUAGAUAAGAACCAGUGGAGCUGCUCUUGUGAUCUCUAUCCCCUUGCCCGGUUUUUAAGAAACUAUGUUAAGUCUUCUGCUCGCAUGCUCAGGAAUGCCAGGGACCUAAGGUGUCAGCCAUCGGCCACAGCUGCGGGCACUGCAAAGAGUGUGCUAAAGCUGUCUGAGACCAACUGUGAUUCCAAGGUUUCCAACGUCACUCUGGUUCUAAAGGACAGAAGUCCCCUCCUCCCAGGGCAGGAUGUGGCCCUGCUGACUGUCCUUGGCUUUGCAGGAGCUGUUGGUCUCACUUGCCUAGGUUUAGUUGUAUUUAACUGGAAACUCCAACAAGGCAAAGCAAAUGAACACACAUCAGAAAACCUUUGUUGCAGAACCUUCGAUGAAUCCCUGCGUGCUCAUGAGGCAAGAAAUUACCACGCUAAGGGAUACUGUAACUGCCACUUAACUCAGGAAAACGAGAUAAAGGUCAUGUCCAUUGUGGGGUCCAGAAAGGAAAUGCCGCUUUUACAGGAAAACAGCCAUCAAGCAGCACUGGCCUCUGAGUCCACAGCCCUUGACGGAUCAUUUAGAAACCUGAAAGGUAAAGACCAUGGGGCAGAUAGCACUUUCUUCUGCUUUGGUGGCAGAUUGCUGCAGUCAGGAUGUUCAGAGCCUCCUGGGAAUAUGGCAGCUUUUAAUGAAGCAGGCUUACUUACAAGAUAUUGUCCAAAGAGAGUUAGAAAGUUAAGGAAUCAUAAGCCUGGGGAAGUCCAACCUCAAAUUCUGCCACAGCAUGUAACAAGAACAAUAGGGGAGUUGCCUUCAGAUAUCAACAGUGACAAAUUUAGUAGAAGAUAUGCAACAUCCGCUUCAAUGUUGGCAAGAGAAAGUUUUGAAAAACAUUUAACAAAUGAAUCAUGGCAGCCUCCGAUAGAAAAAAAAGACAAUGGCUUACAACCUCACAGGCAGAGACAUUUUAUUAUAGGCUCAUCAUCCAAGCCUUGUGAGCCCAAGGAACACUGUGUACAAAAGAUCUUACAAAAACAUAGAUCAGAAUAUGAUGAUCCUCAUGGACUGUUAAGAUGGAGCGGGCCUAGCUAUUUUCAGCCAAACAAUUCUCUUAUCUGUAAGUAUGUGCCCUGUGAUCAAUUUCAAGAUUACGUGGAAGAAAAGAAGUCAAAUUGUCAGGAACGUUCAAAGGCCAAGAAAGAGCAAAUCCAAAUUAACAGUGCAAUAGAAAAAUUCCUUAUGAGUGAGGACAACACGGAGUUAUCAAGGUUAUCGACAAAAAUCAAAAAAACAUAUUCCCCUAAGAGGGUUAGCUUCUGUGAUCCCGAUUUAGUAGAAAAAAAUAGUUUGGUGAUGUCAUCUAAAACAUCAACCCCCUGGAAACAGCAGAAAAAUCAAAGUAGCCACCUGACCAACUUGGAUCUCAAAAAAUGUGGCAAUCCUCAGGAGGGAAACAAAGGAAGAAAAUGGCCUACUGAUCCACAGAUUCUGAAAAAGAAGAGAACCUAUCAAUCUGACCUCAAAGGGAAAAUUAAAAAGCCAAAUUCAAGGGUAAAAUUAAACGCACACCCUUUUAGAAAAGUCAAAGUCCAUCCAGAAAAAUCCUUGCCAGAUCUCCCAAAGAAAUGUAAACAAGCAUUGUUACUGCCGAAUAAAUUACCUAAGGCUUCUCAGAGAGAAGCCAAUAUAAACCUUGUGUCCUCUGCAGAUUUUCCCCAACAGCCAGAGAGUAACAACUAUGUUAAACUCACUUCAGAGAGUAUGCCUCUCAACCACGCUCCAAAGCAGACCCCAUUUUUUUACCAAAAAAACACUAAAAAGACUCUUCUGCUCAGUGCUAAUGACUUACCUGUAGUCACCCAGAGCUCCAGGGAAGGCAACUCUCACCCUAAUGGCCUCAUUCCUGAUAGCAAUUCAUCAACACUGCCUCUGCCCACACCCAUCAUAGCUGAACACAGGUAUUCAAGCUCUCAAUUUGCAACUGAGGGAACGGUAGGUGCAGCUCCCCUUGCAUUGGAAGUGCAUAGGUCUUUACCAGCUAUUUGGGAAAACAUAGAAAGUGAUGUUUUACCACCCAGCAUUUCCAGGGGGUCUACUGACCAAGAGGCAACAGAGCCCACUGAGCACAUGGAGCAGGACAACUCAAAGACUGGUGAGCCAAAUAAGUUUUCUUUGUCCCUGGGGAAUCAAACACACCUACACAUUGUAGGUGUCCACAAGACUGACACCUAUAAGGAACAUACUUUAAAUCAAAAUGAAACUUUAAAACAUGUAGAGCAACACUCAAGUCAUGAACAACUUGCUAAUGAGGAAAAAAUGUUAAUGACCAAAUGGAGAAUACCACAUCAAACUGUGGAAGGUUGUAUCAUGGAUGAGGGAAAUGAUGUAGGAAUAAAACUUCCUCAGUCAGAAACUGAGGAUUCCUCUCUCAUUUCCCCUGAGACACAAGCCACGGGCGACCUAACGUUGAUGAAGACAAACUCUAUCCCAUACCAAAAUAGAACAGAGAUUCCCAAAGAAAUCAGUACUUCUCUUAGCACUCAAGCCUUUUGGAAUCUAACUAAUAGCAGCAAAGGAGAAACUGACGGCACAAAUGCAUUGCCCAUAGAUGAUGGCACCGGAACACUAUAGAUACAGAUAUUAGGGAAAGAAAAUAAAAAAAUGCCGCAGGAAAACAAGGCAGAUUCUAGGCCAUUAAUUAGGACUGCACAGAUGACCUUAAAAGGCAGCAGAAAAGAAACGCAGCAAACUUGGGAAAAUGGAGAAAGUGAAAAACAUAUGUUGUAUGAUUCAAGCUCUGCUGAGGCUACUAUUACAGCAAAGGAUUUGAGUAUCACAUGUUCCCCUGAAGCUGAAAAUAGACCUUCUCGUAGCGAAAUAGAUCUUCGAGUUAACUGUAAUAUGCAAGAUUUAGGCGAAGUUCAAAAUACUCAACCAGAUAAAGAUAACAGUGUACAUAAAGAAGGUGCAGGGACAGGGACACAGCAAGUGCUUUCCUCCUUACCAGAAUUAAAAGACAUUAGUUUUGAGGCAAAAAAUAAGAUGCCUCUAAUUCCUAGAAGAAUAAAUGAAGCUGUAAACUCUGCUCCAAAACCUACACUGUAUCCACCAUCUGCCGAUUAUGCUGACCCAUCACCUUUAGAGGCAGAACUCAACUAA